GAGAAGAGCAAACACAUAUUAAGAGCAAAAGAAACUAAAGUGUGGCCCAACACUGUAAGAUGAUGAUGAUGAUGAUUACCAGAAGGCUCUGGGUUCCUGCCUUAUGCUGUAUGCUGGUGGGGUGGACCCGGAGCAGUUUGGGAAAUUGAAGAAUUGAUGGUAAUGAUAUCGUACAAAAGAAUAACACAUUACUACAAAGAAAAAUUAAGUACAAAGAGGGAUAAGUUAACACCAGAGAAGAAUUAAUUAUGUCAAAUUCAAACAGGAAUUGUUGGCUAGACUAAUAAUAACAAUAUAAUAUCCGAGUUGGCUGAAUAAAUCUGUUUUGGUUCAUAAGACAGAAAACCCAUAAAUGGUCCUAGAAGAAGCAAGUUUAAAACAAGGCUGGCACUGUGAUUUCAUGCUUGGAUGGGAUUCUAAGUCAUUCUUCCACAGCUUAUGAGACAACUACUGCGCUACUGUGUCGCUAAUAAUAAUGUGCAUAAUACAUACAUACCUAGAAAUGUAGACCUUCAGACCCACAUAAUCUAUGUCAGAGUUGAGGGGGUCACCCUGUAUCACUGGGUUCAAGGUGGGAAGCAGCCUAUGGUAGGGUGCCAGCCCAUCAGAGGACAAGUUAAAUAAUAUUACAGAUUAACAAAUAAUUACACUUUUGACUUCAGUAAGGUAUAAAAAAAGGCCAGCACAACUCCUCAGUGGUUCAAAUCCCAUCUUGUGUAUAGUUUGCACUUUCUCCCAUUGUUUUCAUGGGUUUUCUCUGGGCUGCUCAGUUUCUUCUCUCAUCCGUAUGCCUUGCAGGUGAUUUUAACUGGAAAUUGUGUAUGCUGCAUAACACUUUACAAUUUUCUUUUUCCCUCUUAGGUUAGUGUUUGUAUCUUCAUAGAUUUGGCAUCCUGGGUUGGAAUCUCAUGCCCAGUCUUUGUUGAGGUCAAGCUGCACGUUCCCACUUGUCUGUGUAAGUUUUCCACUGCUUAUUCCAGAAAGGUUAUUAGAAUUGAGGCUAAUAAAAGGUGUGGACGUGCGUGUUCCCUUGUGACAGACUGGUGGCCUGUCCAGGGCUUCCUGCCUUGCGCCCAGUGUUACUUCGUACAGGCUUUGAAAUUGAUUAAAAGGAAUUUAAAGUUUUUGUCGCCCACUGGCCGGCAGAGGGCGCAAUUAUCCUGUAGUGGUCCUACGGGUCCGCCAGGGGUCGCUGGCAGCCCGUACUUAAGAGCAGCUGGCGGAGUGGAAGGUAUGGCGGCUGGAGCUGAGGCCGCGGCUCGGUGUUUGGAGGAAUCUUCGGACAGCGAGCCGGAACAGGAGCCCGGUUCGCCGCAGAAGCUGAUCCGCAAGGUGUCCACUUCUGGUCAGAUCCGCAGCAAGACAAUCAUUAAAGAAGGCCUGCUGAUGAAACAGACCAGCUCAUUUCAACGCUGGAAGAAACGUUACUUCAAGCUUCGAGGGAGGACACUUUACUAUGCAAAAACAGCCAAGUCCAUUAUCUUUGAUGAAGUCGAUUUAACAGAUGCCAGUGUGGCAGAGUCCAGCACAAAAAAUGUCAACAACAGCUUCACGAUAAUCACUCCAUGCAGGAAGCUUAUUCUCUGUGCUGAAAAUCGUAAAGAGAUGGAAGACUGGAUUGCGGCACUGAAGAGUGUCCAAAACCGAGAGCUUUUCGAGUCUACUCAGUACAGCAUGGACCACUUCUCAGGAAUGCACAAUUGGUACGCUUGCUCACAUGCCAGACCUACUUACUGCAAUGUAUGUCGUGAAGUUCUUUCUGGUGUUACCUCACAUGGACUGUCGUGUGAAGUCUGUAAGUUCAAAGCUCACAAAAGAUGUGCCAUUCGUGCGACAAACAACUGCAAGUGGACAACUCUGUCCUCCAUCGGCAAAGACAUCAUAGAAGACGAGGAUGGGAUCUCAAUGCCUCAUCAGUGGCUGGAGGGAAACCUUCCAGUCAGUGCCAAGUGCACCGUGUGUGACAAGACCUGUGGCAGUGUGCUGAGACUGCAGGACUGGCGAUGUUUGUGGUGCAAAGCUAUGGUACACACAUCAUGUAAAGAGUUGCUAUCCAGUAAGUGCCCACUGGGCCAAUGCAAGGUGUCUGUGAUACCACCUACUGCCUUGAACAGCAUUGACUCCGAUGGUUUCUGGAAGGCCACAUGCCCCCCUUCGUGUACAAGUCCCCUCCUCGUCUUUGUAAACUCCAAGAGUGGUGACAACCAGGGAGUGAAGUUCCUGCGACGCUUUAAGCAGCUGCUAAAUCCAGCCCAGGUUUUUGAUCUCAUGAAUGGAGGACCCCACCUUGGCCUUCGCCUCUUCCAAAAGUUUGACACCUUUAGAAUUCUAGUAUGUGGUGGGGAUGGAAGUGUGGGCUGGGUCCUGUCUGAAAUCGACACCCUCAUGUUACACAAACAGUGCCAGCUGGGUGUCUUGCCACUGGGCACAGGCAAUGACUUGGCACGUGUGCUAGGCUGGGGCUCUGCAUGCGAUGAUGAUACCCAACUCCCACAAAUCCUAGAGAAACUGGAAAGAGCAAGUACCAAAAUGCUGGAUAGGUGGAGCAUCAUGGUUUACGAGACCAAGUUUCCCCGACAGCCUUCUUCAUCCACUGUUACUGAAGAUUAUAGCGAAGACUCUGAGGUCCAGCAGAUAUUAGUUUAUGAAGAUUCAGUUGCUGCUCACUUGUCAAAAAUCUUGACAUCCGACCAGCACUCAGUGGUGAUCUCCUCGGCAAAGGUGCUCUGUGAAACGGUAAAGGAUUUUGUGGCGAGAGUGGGGAAGGCUUACGAAAAAACACCAGAGAGUUCCGAAGAGUCCGAGGCCAUGGCCAAGAAGUGUAGUGUCCUCAAGGAGAAGCUGGACUCCCUUCUCAAGACGCUCAAUGACGAGUCUCAAGCCUCCACUUGCCUUCCCAGCCAUCCACCCACCAUUGCAGAGGAACAAGAGGAUGGAGAGGGGAUGCAAUCACCUACCAGAGACCACCCCACUCCUCCCCAGAUUCCAUGCCCUUCUAGAAGUCCCCAAGCCAUCUUUAAACCACGGGAGCAGCUCAUGUUAAGAGCCAACAGCCUGAAGAAGGCCAUCAGGCAAAUCAUUGAACACACGGAAAAGGCUGUGGAUGAGCAAAACACCCAGACACAAGAGCAGGAGAUCUUCACACUGGUGAGCACAUCUGAAGACGAAAACAAAAGUGAGGAAAAGCCAUCCCAGGGCGUAAAUCUCGUCAGCAUCACGAACAAAGGGCGGGCACCAAGAAAAGCAUCCAAAUCUCCAUGCGAGAGGCUGAUUGGCAAAGGAAGUCUGUCAGUGGGCAGCUCUGCAUCACUUCCUGCCCAGACAGGAAACCGGGACAGCUUACCGAUGUUGAACACGAAAAUUCUGUAUUCAAGUUUACGUCCUGGCCACUCAGGCUCACUACCAGGAAACUCGGUCAUCAGCCGCUUAUUGGUGAACGCAGAACCCUUUAACUAUGAUCCAGACAGCCUUGACUGUUAUACUGAGAAGUGUGUCAUGAACAACUAUUUUGGCAUCGGACUGGAUGCAAAAAUCUCUCUUGACUUCAACAACAAGCGAGAUGAGCACCCAGAGAAGUGCAGAAGUCGCACAAAGAACAUGAUGUGGUACGGUGUGCUUGGAACCAAAGAGCUACUUCACAGGACGUACAAAAACCUGGAGCAGAAAGUGCUGCUAGAGUGUGAUGGCCGACUCAUUCCCUUGCCCAGCCUGCAGGGCAUUGCAGUACUGAAUAUCCCCAGCUAUGCAGGAGGGACCAAUUUCUGGGGAGGGACCAAGGAAGAUGAUAACUUUACAGCACCCUCAUUUGAUGAUAAGAUUUUGGAGGUGGUAGCAGUCUUUGGCAGUAUGCAGAUGGCAGUGUCAAGGGUGAUCAAUCUUCAGCACCACCGCAUUGCUCAGUGUCGUACUGUGAAGAUCACCAUUCUAGGAGAUGAAGGCGUUCCAGUGCAGGUGGAUGGAGAGGCAUGGGUCCAGCCUCCUGGGUACAUCCGAAUUAUUCACAAAAACCGAAUGCAGACGCUCACCAGAGACCGGGCUUUUGAGAACACUUUGAAAUCAUGGGAGGACAAACAGAGAUGUGAGUUUCCAAGACCUUCAUCCCAGCAUGCUCUGCUCCCACCAGAGAUUGUCUCAGAGGAAGAGGCAUUGCAGAUCAAUCGGUUUGGUCAGGCCGCUGGAGCACUCAUACGCAGCAUUCGAGAAAUCGCCCAGUCCCAACAGACCAUUGAGCAAGAACUUGCACAUGCUGUCAAUGCCAGCUCCAAAUCCAUGGAUGUGGUCUAUGGCAACUCGAAAAACACAGAGAGUUUGGACUGUGGGUCAGUCAUCGAGAUGGUCAGCAAUGUUAAGGCUCUACACAAUGAGACAGAGCUGCUGCUGAGGGGAAAGAUGAGUCUGCAGUUAGAUGCCCCUCAGAAAGAGCAGUUGUCAAAUGCUCUCGGAAAUGUAGACCUACAGCUUCAAAAACUGUCUGAAAUUUCUUGGUUGUGUCAGCUGUUUGAGCCUGUGGACGAUGAGAGUCACCUAAUGGAAUAUACGAAGCGAAGCCGCAGUGGGAAGUUCCGUCUGGUGCCAAAGUUUAAGAAGGAGAAGAACAACAAGAACAAAGAAGCUGCAGGGAGCUGUCUCAGUCAGCCAGUGCACCUCUGGGGUACGGAAGACGUGGCAGUGUGGCUGGAGGUGCUCAGCCUCUGCGAGUACAAGGACACUUUCAUUGGCCAUGACAUCCGCGGAGCCGAGCUCCUGCACCUGGAGCGGCGUGACCUCAAGGAUUUGGGAGUGACGAAAGUGGGCCACAUGAAGAGGAUUUUGCACGGAAUCAAGGAACUGAGCCGGAACAGUCCUGCCACCGAGGCAUAGCCUCAGCGUUCACCUCCUGUAUUUUCAAAGCGCAUUAAUGAAGGAACUAUUUGGUUUUCUACCAGUUUUGCUGUCCACAAGCGUGCCUGGGCAAAUCUUGAAACUGAAACCUCUUACAAGCCAUGUGAUCCGAUCCAUCUUAGUUGGGUGGUUAUUUUUAUUUAUUUAUUGAUUUUUUUUUUUUUUUAUUGGAAUAGUCUAAUCUAGUCUGCUUUUGCAGUUUCCUACACAGCUGACCCCCAAAUGCUUGGAGCAAAAAAAAAAAAAAGUGCAUACAACUAAGGUCUGGUCCCAAAUGUGCCUGGUUAUUGCUGCUGCUGAAGAGCCAAUGAAAACGGAGUGGGUUCCACAGCAUUCGUGCCUUAACUGAUCCACUUUCAAUCUAGAUUGUGUUGAAUCAGGAGAGCGUCUUGGGAACUUUAAAGCUGGUUUGCCGUGGAGCCAAAUCUUGAAGGAGAAGGAGACCGUGUCAUCUGGGCAAGCUGGUUGCACCAUCUGGCGCAUGCUCAAUGCUCUGACUCAAGAAGCUCUACUGCAAUUGCCUUAAACAAAUGCCAUAUCCUGCUACAAUCAGGGUCAUAAUGAAUGAACUACCCAGUCCUGCUCUUGAACAUUUUUAUUCUUUUAAUUGAAUUUUGUAUGUUGAACAAAAAUCCUAUGAGCUCACUUUUUGAAGUCUUGGGUUCAUCAUGUUGAAAUUUCUCUCAUCACAGUACCCGUGCAUUUGGAAGGCACCAGCAAAACAUUGUGAUUUAUUUCAUUCCAGGGGUAGGGCUGUUUUUUUUUUUUUUGUUUUGUUUUUUGUUUCAUUAUUUUUUUUUUUUAUAUUCCAAUGGAUCACCUUUUUGCCGAAUUUCUUGAUUUAUGUUGAAUUUGGACUUUACUUCACAACCUUCUCCAUACUUGGUACCGUUACAUUCAUUUGGAAGCUUGCUUUUUCCAAAGCACACUGGACCACCGCUUUCUACCCAGUGCCUCUCAAAACUAAAAGGGCCACAAUUUCUUGUAGAAAUUUUUUUUUAUAUAAAUAUAACGGUCAUCUGUCCUGCAAGGUACAAUCCACAUGGCAUUAUGUCAAGACCCGCCAGUCUGUCAGGGUUUUCUCCCAGGCAAGGAUAACCGAUCACAACUACUCAACCUCCAUGUUGAUAACUGAAGCGACUGCCCUUGGGCAUGACCCCACUCAGUACCAGAUUGCACAAUUCUUCUCGAAUGUGUAGGUCCAAGCAAAGGAGCCCUAUUCAUGCCUGCUGCUACUAAUGGCACCAAAAGACUUGGAAAUUCAUUCCAGAAUCACUUUCUCAAAAUUGGUACUUUGUUUUUAUUAUUUAUUAUUAUUGUCGUGUAACUGUGAAAAACAUCAGGAAUGUAAUUUACUGAAAGCCAGCCUUCUUGUCUAAGGGACAGAAACAAAAGAGACAAAAUCAAAAAUGAAACUUAUUAAGUCCCCAUGGAAGUGUUUCAGCUUCGCUCCGCAAACCCAUGGGCUGACAGUUGGAGUGUUCCAUUGGGAACGUCUUCCCAGGGAUUCAGAGAGACAGCAUGAGCCUGCUAAUCUGACUUCAGGGACCAGCGGGCCUGAAAACAAAAAUGGAUAAGACGAUGGCAGGCUUCAGCUGAAAAAAAAAAAAACACAAACUGGGGACCCCCUCAGCUUAAAAGCAAGUCAUUUUGCUUUCAGGGUACAAAAGAAAUCCUCAAUGGGGGUGUUGAGGGUUAGUGGAUGUGCUUGUACAAGAAAAGAAUUAUGCAAAAUAAAACAAAAAGGGUUUUGAAAGCAGGGGUAGGUGAACUAUUCUGCUUUAAUUAGUUUAUGGACAACACUUAGCCUUGAUCAUGGAAUGGAUGUGUGACUUUUAACCACCCCGUGUCUUUCUCAUCUUUUCUUGUUCAUGGUCGCCAUCAUCUUCAACAGCUAAGCCCCACCUGGCACACUGAUGCUUUCAAUUUAGCAUGUUACCAUCUUGGGUGGGUUUUUUUUUUCUCUUUUAUUUACUUGAUAGCUUGGCUUCCAGGUUUACUGUCUGGGGACUUUUAGGGACCAGCCAUAUCAUGUCUGCCUUGCUCUGUCCCCCUUGCUUUUGACACAGUUGGAAACCACAGACACUGAGGCCAUCGGGGAAGACAAUGACGGCAAGAAUGUUGUUAAAUUCCACUUUAAUUCUUUCAUUCUGUUGCUGUCCUGGUGUACUGGUGAUGCAAAUCUUAACAAUGUGGAGCUCUGAAGUUCUUGGAUUUUAACAAUUUAGUGUGUUUGGAUGUAAGUGUGUGUUUUGGAAUUUAAAGAUAUUUAUAUAAGUCCAACAAAAAAAAAAAUAAAACACAACAAAUCUUGAGAAAAUGGGGGUUGAAAAACAGCCAACCACUCUUUAAAGAAGAGCUGUGUAUGAUUUCAGCACUGGCAGUUUUAAAUUGUGUAUAAAAUAUAAAUAUUGAAAGAGCUACUGCUAAGUGGACAGCUUAUGGAUUUUGUUACAUGUAGAGAGCCUGAAUGCUGUGAUGUGCCCCAUUUUCACCUCUGUUUUUACAGUGGUGGACAAGAGUACAAGUUAGCCAAAUUUGACAUUUAUGAUGGGAUUGUAACUCCAGCCAAGAUUCUAAAAUUUCCACAAAGUGAUUAAUUACAGAGUUUGAGUCAGUGAUGGUGUGCCAGAAAAAGCGUCAAGUGAAAACAUUGCCAUAUCUGCUGGCACAGGUGUCAUUCUCUCCUGUUUUGUGACCCAGUUAUAAAAAGUCAGCCCCGUGGCAUAUGUGAUGAUAUGCAAAGAUGAUAACAGCCCGAAUGCGCUUAUCAGUUCAACGGAGAAAUUUGUCAAAUGUACCCCUCAGGACUAAAUUAAAGCAGCCAUCUUACUAAUCGUGACUAGAAGCCGUAUCCUCAACUAAGACACAGUGCAGCGUUUGAAGGAGAAUUUUCCAUUAUUUGGUAAGUGGAAUGUUGCGCCUUAAUUAAAGAAAACUUUCUCCUCAUCGUUACAAUGACACAGGGUGUUCCCCUUAAUGUCUGUAUCUCUUUAAUAAGCCUUGCAGCCUGUGGCGGUGAUGUGUUUUUGAUAUUUUAGUGAGCUUUGUGCACAGAAUUGGGAAAAAUGCCAGGAUGCCUCUUAGGUUUGCUCAGAUGGCUGAAGCCAUGCCCACCUAAUGUGUUUUUUUUUUUCCUGUCCUGGGUAAUUUUUUUAGCUUAGGGGGGAAGAUUGUCCCAUAUGGGUUGGCAGUUAAUGUGUUUUUGUGGAUGAGUGAUGUUGGAAUGGAGGCUUCAUUUUAUGAUCGACAGUAAAGCCUCUGUUGGCGAUACUGAGGCGGUUUCGGUUUUCCAGCAUUCUACAGGUAACAGGGUUUCUGCUGCAUGUGUUUUUAUUAGCCUUCGGCUAAGCCAUGUUUUUCAUUUUAUCUCUUGAGCCCCACAGCUUUUCAUCGUGGGUUGUAAAUUUGGGGAUGUUGGCUGUCGCCAUUUUCUGCCAGUCUUUCAAAAGUUCGGCCUAUGUGCUACAUACCUCUCUUUUGUGCUGACAUUUAUGUGGCUAUUGGUUCUUAGAAGAACCAGCUCUCACUUUUCUACAUGCGUAAAGUAAAGAGACUUAGAUGGCAAGAUACAAACAACAAAUGACAAUCACAGAUGCAGGCAGAAAACAGCUAUUUCCAAUUUUUGCUUCCCAGUGCUGGGCACUGGAAGGCAAAAGUGAUCCCAAUAUACGUCUGCCAACUAAACUUCCUCACGUGGAGGUGAAAGUAAUGGAGGGGGUGAAUUUUUCUAUGGUACUGAAGCAGCGUAGAACCUCUUGGGAUUGCAUUUUCUUUAAACUGGCAUGAACUCUGCUACAUUGGGUUUCCAGACAGCUUAUUGCCUUCAGGUCAGAAUGAAAUCCUGAUCUGAAAGCUUUUUUUUGUUUUUCUUUUGAAGGAAACAGAAAUAUUGGCAAGUCUCUGUUGUGGUUGUUUUGGUAAGUCACUACAUGAAGACUAGAAUUGUGCUUUGCUUACAGAGACAAUUUCACAAGAAACCAGCCAUUCUACAUAUCAGUUCAUGAAGCUUGGGGAUACAUCUCAUGGGUCCUCCCGUGAAAGUGUCUUGAGUAUAUUUAAUGUUUAAUUUAUAGAACGUCAAGUAUUCAAGUUAAGUAUUGCUGUUUGUUCACUCAUGUACAUAACCCCAGCAGCAGGGGUGUAAAUAUCUUUGUUCUUGUACAGAAAGCACCAAUCUUCCAGUAAAAUGCGGUUAUUGUUUUAA